GGCCAACAUGGAUGCUAUCAGCCAAUCACCUGUGGAUGUCCUGCUUCCCAAGCACAUCCUGGAUAUCUGGGCCAUUGUCCUCAUCAUCCUGGCUACCAUUGUCAUCAUGACCUCUUUGUUUCUGUGUCCAGCCACUGCAGUCAUCAUUUAUCGAAUGCGGACUCAUCCAGUUCUCAAUGGGGCUGUAUGAGACCCUUGAAAGUGGGAUGUUGUGUGAUAAGGACACAAGUCUCUCCCUCGGCCUGUUCUCCGAAAGACAGUGGGGAAGACUCAGGAGUUGAACUUUUGUUUUAGUUUUGAUUCUGCAGCUAGCCCACAGCGUGGAUUUGAUCAAUGAACCUAACUUUGUGGGUUCCAAACUCCUUAGCUUUCAACUAGGGGUCAUAAUCCCUGCCCUCCUACUUCACAGGGUUGAAAGCCAUGUGACUUAGUGGAGGUGAAAGCUGUUUGUGAGCAGUGGAAGCCACACAGGUGUUGUGUUGUGCAAUGAGAAGCUUUGAAGAAUCAAAGACCCUUGAAGCUGCUGAUGGUAAAGGAGGCAAGGCAGACUGUGAAAGAGCAGCUUUGGCCAGUGCCCCUCACGCCAAACCUUGACAGUGUAACCCAUCCUUAGCAAACCAAACUUUUUUUUUCCCCAUGAAACCUCUAGGAGAGAAGGAGCUAGUAUGUAUGGCAGGGGAAGAGAGAGAUGAGCAUAAGUUUCAAGAACUUCUCUGCCAAAUUCUGCCCUGUAUAACCCGAAGGAGAGCUUGCCAUAAUUUAGCAGUGCCAAAGGAGGUGGUGUGAUGACCUGCACUGAGUCUCAGGUCUCUGUUGGAAAUGCAGGGUGGCUAAGUUUUCUGCUCAGCAUUUCAGCUCCUUUAUGUACCUCACAGUAGAGGAUUUCCCUAUGUCUGAACUUUGUUGUUAUUAGCUACAUGUUAUUGUUACUAAUUUUUUGUGGCACUGGAGAACCUAGGGCCGUGAUCUGCCUCUGAGCUACAUCCCCAGCCCUUCUAGCUCCAGUAAACAUCUAAAGUAUGCAUUAUUUCAAGAGAUUUCCCAGGACUCUUGAACCUGACUCAAAACAACAAUGGUUAUUUUAGAUGCUAUGGUUUAUAUUUAUAUAGAGAUAUUUCUAGACCAUUAAAGCUUGCCCUUUGACAUUCAACUCAGGGGCAUUUUGGGAUUUAUUGUUAUGUAAGAAGAUAACUGAUAUUAGGGUAGUAUUGUGUCAAAUGAUGCUUACUUUGAUCUUACUUCAUGGAUAUAUGCUUUCAAUUUCCAAUAAAGUGCCAUAUUGAGCAUG